GGGAGCGGAGCGGCGGCGGCGACGGCGGCGCGGGGCCGGGCAGGUUUUCAGGAUGAAUCUGGAAAAACUCAGCAAACCAGAGCUACUGACGCUGUUUAGCAUUCUCGAGGGAGAAUUAGAAGCAAGAGAUCUUGUCAUAGAGGCUUUAAAGGCCCAGCACAGGGACACAUUCAUCGAGGAACGCUAUGGGAAAUACAACAUCAGUGAUCCACUGAUGGCUCUGCAGAGAGACUUUGAGACACUGAAAGAGGGGAACCAUGGUGAAAAGCAGCCAGUAUGCUCCAAUCCUUUGUCUAUUUUGAAAGUGGUGAUGAAACACUGCAAGAAUAUGCAGGAGAGAAUGUUAUCCCAACUGGCUGCUGCAGAAAGCAGGCACAGAAAGGUGAUCCUGGACCUGGAGGAGGAGCGGCAGCGGCACGCGCAGGACACGGCCGAGGGGGACGAUGUCACCUACAUGCUGGAGAAGGAGCGGGAGCGGCUCACCCAGCAGGUGGAGUUUGAAAAGUCCCAAGUGAAGAAGUUUGAGAAGGAGCAGAAGAAGCUGUCGAGCCAGUUGGAGGAGGAAAGGGCACGCCACAAGCAGCUCUCUUCCAUGCUUGUUGUGGAGUGCAAGAAAGCCACUGCCAAAGCAGCUGAAGAGGGCCAGAAGACAGCAGAGCUGAGCUUGAAAUUGGAAAAGGAGAAGAGUAAGGUGAGUAAACUGGAAGAGGAGCUGGCAGCCAAGAGGAAGCGGGGCUUGCAGAUGGAAGCACAAGUAGAAAAGCAGCUCUCAGAGUUUGACAUUGAAAGAGAGCAGCUGAAGGCUAAGCUGAACAGAGAAGAAAACCGUACAAAAGCACUCAAAGAAGAGGUGGAAUGUCUGAAGAAAGCCCUGAAGGAGCUGGAGGCUUCCUGCCAGGAGCACAGUCCCCCCAGGGCCGUGCAUCCCAGCCCCUCGGUGACGUCCAGGGGGGUCACAACCGACAGCCCCCCAGUGAAGUCAGUGUCGUGCCAGACCGAGGGCCCGCAGGCAGAGCGAGCAGCCCCUGCCAGCGCCAGCAGAGCUGCCCACGCCGUGUGUGCCAGCCCCUCUGCCCCCGCUCACUCCUAUGCAAAGUCCAACGGGCAUUGUGACACGGACGGGCAGGCGGCUGGGGACACGAAUGCUGCAGAGAGCCCAGCUCACAGGGAGAAGCCUGCCGCAGCCCCCGAGGGUGCCGUGGAGAACGGGAGCUCCCCUGCGAGAACAGAGUCCCCGGUGCACCAGCUGCCCUCUGCUGCGGCGUCCCUGUCCCCCAGCAGCACAGCUGCCUCCUCCCUCACCCCGUCUCCCUGCUCCUCCCCAGUGCUGGCCAAGCGCCUGGUGGGAGCCUCUGCCGGCAGCCCUGGCUACCAGUCCUCCUACCAGGUGGGCAUCAACCAGCGCUUCCACGCGGCCAGGCACAAGUUCCAGUCCCAGGCCGAGCAGGAGCAGCAGCCAGGGGGCCUGCAGAGCCCCCCGUCCCGGGACCUGUCCCCCACCCUGGCCGACAACUCGGCCGCCAAGCAGCUGGCGCGCAACACGGUGACGCAGGUGCUGUCCCGGUUCACCAGCCAGCAGGGCCCCAUCAAGCCCGUGUCCCCCAACAGCUCGCCCUUCGGCACGGACUACCGCAGCCUGGCCGGCGCCGGCAGCCCCAGGGCCGAGGCCGGGCACUGCCCCAGCCCCGCCAAGGUCUCCAGCCCGCUCAGCCCCUUGUCUCCGGGGAUCAAGUCCCCCACCAUUCCCCGGGCAGAGAGGGGGAACCCGCCGCCCAUCCCUCCCAAGAAGCCCGGCCUGGCUCAGUCGCCCGCUGCUGCUGCUGCUGCUGCUCCCCUCGGCAGAGGCUCCUCCCUGGGCGCCCCUGGGGACGUGGCCAGCAGCUGCUCCAGCAGCACCGUCCUGUCAAAUGGCAAGGACCUGGAGAUCCUCCUGCCAAGCAGCAGCUAGUCUCCAGAAAACGGGAAUGUGACAUUCCACAGCUUAGCUUACCCUGCAGCUAAGACACUGUUUUUCCACUCCAUGUUAUUUAUUUCCAUAGUAGCAGAUUCUGUCUGUAUAAAGCAUUUAGUAUAUUUUUUUUCCUUUUUUAAUAGGUAGGAAAAUAUUUUUGUUUAUGAAGAAACCUUAACUACAGCUAUACAGUAGCCUCCAAAUGUCUCAUGGCAGCAGUCAGAUCAUUAGAGAUAACAACCAUAAUCAUGUGGUGGGACCUAUCAAGCUCUAAUGGGACUGAAAUGCUACUUUUAAAUUAUGCAGAAAUAAUUUUUGCAGACUUUUUAUUCCAGAUGAACAUUUUAUAAAAGUGCCUGAACUAAGCCUGCAAUAUGAAUGUGAUUCUCGGGAAAAGGUGAGGAGGGGAACAUCUAGCUGCAGAAACAAAUUCUUCUGAGUCCUGAAUGUUGAAACCAACACUGGUUUUCCUUUUAAUUCUUUCCAUUUGCUAAGGUAAGUUAGCAAAUGUGCUACAGAUUCUGCCAGGUGAGCACCAAUCUGGUGCAGCCAGCCAGGCUGUGUCCUUCAGGACACAGCUCCAGCUAUUUGAGGAAGCACACAGGAAUUUCUUGGGAUAAAAUUUAGUUGUGAUAUCAUCCAGAUUACUUCUCUGUCCAUAUAGCUCUUUCUGCUUUCCUGCCAAGAUGCCUGUGUGCCUACAUGGCUCAACUCUGGUUUCUGGUGUAUCACCUGGAAUUUUCAAGCUCUUCAAGCAUUCUACUGUUGUGUGUAGAACUUCUGAGAAAAGGAUCUUUCUGUUCCUUGGCAAAGAUCUCACUAUUACUUGAAAAAGUAACUCAUCCAUCCAGUACAGGUUUUUUGCAACACCUGUAAAUGGGAUCUUCAACUUUAAACAAAAGCAAUAAUUUUGUUCCCCAUGUGUGUCAGUUAAGUCUGACUGACCUGGAUUUUACCCACUAGCUGUGGCUAGCUUUCCUUGGCUGCAAAUAUGGAACCAAAUCAUUGCUGCUGUGGAAUUAAAUAUGUGGAUAUGUGUGUCACACACAUACAUGCUAAACACACAGUGUGUUAGGAAAGUAUUUAUCUCUUCUUGACCUUCUGCCUUAUAUGAAGAAGACAUGGCAAUUCACUGAGAUUUUAAAAAAUUCCUCAGUGAGGAAUUGCCUAAGUUUGAGGCAGAUCUUGUGUGUGGAGAAGUAUUUGGACCCAGGAGAAGCAGGUGGUUCCUGUGCAGAAGUGUUUGCUGCAAGAGAACCAGCAGGCCCAGCACAGUGGUUUUCUGAGUCGUUGUGCUGAGAAGCCCAGGACAAACAGCACAGAUCAGUGGCACAGGCUGAGAGCACAACCCCAAGUUAACGAUCUCGGUGUCGGACGUGAGCUGAUCCUAAAUUUAGGAACUGGACUGGCUGCUCGGUGCCAUCCAGCGUGGAGCCCUUCCCGGGGCAGCAGCGUGGUGUUUGCACAGCUCCCGGUGCCAGAGACACGUUAUCCUUGGGGAAUUCUCACUGUUCCAUUGGGCAGGGUCCCUCUGUGUGCGGAGGAUCCCUGUGCCAUCGAGGGGCAGAGCUGCCCGUGCUGAGAGGUUCCUCUGGGCUCUGGGCCUUUUGUGCUGUGCCAUGGAGGGGCAGAGAUGUCUGUGCAGAGAGGUUCCCAUGCAGUGAGGUUCCUUUGGGCUCUGGGCCUUGGAGCUGUGCCAUGGAGGGGCAGAGAUGCCCAUUGCAGUGAGGCUCCUCUGGGCUCUGAGCCUUGGAGCUGUGCCAUGCAGGGGCAGAGAUGCCCAUUGCAGUGAGGUUCCUCUGGGCUCUGAGCCUUUUGUGCUGUGCCAUGGAGGGGCAGAGAUGUCUGUGCAGAGAGGUUCCCAUGCAGUGAGGUUCCUUUGGGCUCUGGGCCUUGGAGCUGUGCCAUGCAGGGACAGAGAUGCCCAUUGCAGUGAGGCUCCUCUGGGCUCUGAGCCUCUCUCUGCAGGACAGGGGGGCUCAGUGCUGCUCGGGGGUGGCUGCUGCUGGACUGACCCCACGCAGCCAGGGCAGGGCUUUAGAGGCUUGCACAGACCUUUUGGGCAGUGGUAUUACGGGCUGUUGUUCCUAAUCCCAUGGAACAGUCUGUGCAUUAACAGCAGGGACACAGAGGCAGCCAGAGCUGAAUGGGCAGGGGCUCUUUUGGAAGCACAUUUAUUACUUUAUUAAUUAAGUGUCCACAGCGGAUUUUUUAGCUCUUGCUGAGAGUAAAAGUAAAAAAGGAUGGGCAGGUGGAUUUUGGCCCAUGUAUCCCUUCUGAUUGAAAAGUGAGGCUUUUGUAUACACUGCUUUAAUGAGUUUCUUUACUUUUACAUUAUUCUGACUGGUAUUAUCCCCCUUCUUUAUUGAUAGCUCUAGAGAGAGAGAUACUAUGAUGAAGUCUAAUAGGAAAUGCACUGAGUACUGUUUCUUCUAAAAUAUAAUAUGGGAAGGGGUAUGCAAAAGAAUGUAUUUUUGCUAGUAGACUAACUUCUGAAAGAAACUAAGCACAAGGGAUUGAAAUGGAUCCAACUAAUUCAGUAAGACAUUUAGAGUUAGUAUUUAACUGUUGAUGUAGAUUCUGUGUGAAAGCAACUAAAUAUUUCUUCUCUAACUCACGUGUCCUAAGCAGACAUUGUUGCAGAGUUUGUCACUGGCUAAUGGAGUAUAAUGAAGUGCAAAACAUAUAACACUAGUAUUAAUUCAUUAACACUUGUAAAUUUGUAAAGCCAAAUGUACCAAGCUGAAGUCUUUAAUCAUUUUUAUAGCUGAUGGCAUUAAACAUGUUAAACAUUCAUAUUAUCAAUAAAGGAUUUUAUUUUUAAGAU